GGUGCGAGGCUAGAAGUUGACGUAUUUCGAAUUGGAGUUGUCCGGCUUUUGAGAGGGUGUAGUUGUCACCUUCCUGGCCGGCCGCAUUGUCACCAUUCUGUCCUAGUCUCUCGGCCGCCAGGGGCUGCUGGGUCACAGCUGGGAGUUCUUGAACAAGAUGCCUCCACAAAGGAAUAUGAGAGCUGCUGAUGUCAAUCCCUGUUUGGAGGAAAGUGCUGCUUCAACAAAUUGCAUGGAUUCCAAUGGCUACCAGAGAGACCGAUGUGCUUCUUAUUUUAACAAAUAUAAACAGUGCAGAAAGUUUUGGCACACAAUUAUGCUGAAAAGAAGAGGAGAUGGUGUUAGCCCUGCAAUGCCCACUGCAGAAGAAAGAAAGCAAAUACUGGCAUCUUUGGACCGGCUGCCAUACUGAUGGACCAUUGCUGUUGUGCUUGUAUUUUAUUUUAUUUUACAAGAUAAGAUUAUAUUCCUUGUAUGAGGGAUGUAUUUAUAUGUGCAUUAAAGGCACAGUGUGCAAUGUGGAGUUUUCUGUACAUAUGUAAUUUACUUUGGGAAUAAUGCUUGGAGACUUACACUCAGACGUUUUGAUCCCAUGUGUAUAAAUGUGGUGGAGUAACGAAGAACAAUACCCUUAUAUCACCAGAUGCUGUUGUAUCCCAGAAGAAACAAUGGCCCAGAUUUAUCAAACUGUGAGAGAAAAAUUUGUGAUUUUCUUACAGCAACCAAUCACAGCUCAGCUAAAGAGCUCUGGUAAAGUGAAAGCCGAGCUGUGACUGGUUGCUGUGGGAAAAUCACACUUUUUUUUUUUUUUUUUUAUCUCACAAAGUUUGAUAAAUCUGGGCCAAUGUUUAAGAUGUGGAUAUUUAUAAAUUUUACCCAUUCCAACACAAAACUAUAUGUAAAUUGACGUGUUUCGGAGGAAGUCUCCCCCUUCCUGAGAUUGGCACUGUGUAGGAAUGAGCAUAAUGCUCUGUUUCACAAACUCCUUGCAUAACAAUUGGUGCUAUUGGUGAUCUGGAAACCAAAUGUAAAGGAGUUGCCUUUCUUUUCUUCCUGUAAUAAUGUUGCCAUGUUUCCAAACUAUCGCUGCAUACAUUAGGUGACCAGUCUAGUAUUGGCUUGUCGGGGGCUCCAAAUGUUUUUAGAUGGAAUAUUUUGUCUUGGUUUCAUGUAUAGAUUAAAUUGUGUACUGCUCUGUGUAGGAGUUAUUUAACUGAUAUUAGCAAUGGGUUUUUGGCCCAAUACGCCAGCCACCUUCAUAAAUAUUCAUCCGGGCAGUCACAUGAUCAUGCAGGCGUGCAGAAAAGCAAGGAAUGAAUAUUUAUGAAGGGGGCUGGAGUAUGGAGCCACAGUGCUAAAUAAUACAAGCUAAAGAACACCUUCAUUGCACAGAAAGCAUAGUUUGCAUAUUUAGAUUUAUCAUUUUUUUUUUUUUUUUUUACAGAGGAACAUAUAUUUCUAAGGUAAACUGCUUGUGAAUGCUGCUAUUGGAGGGGACAGCACACAACUUCUGUGACUUAAUUUUUACACAAAAGACUAAACUUUUUUAUAAUUUUUUUUAACACCUUGCAAAACCAUAACAUUUUUGUUAUUCUAUCAAUGUAGUGUUGAGAGCUGGCUUUUUACACACACACACACACACACACACACACACACACACACACACACACACACACACACACA